GCCAUAAAGAGUUGAGGAUUUCCAAGGUUGCCAAUUUGUUACAUAAAGUUGUCAAGUCUCUGUUUAAAAUUAAUAGAAGAGAUUUGAGCUUUAGAAGGUCAAUUUUUUACUCAACGUUUAAUAUUUUAUAUUUCAAUUUUAAAAAUGUUAAUAAAAUCUGUAUCAUUAGUUCCUCGAUCAGUGCUUUCCCACUAUCCAAAAGUUUGUAUACCAUUGACCUCCCUUUUGGUUGGAUGGGGAUUAGUCUGGCUGGCUAAAGCUGUUCGUAAAUCUAUCAAACGUCGUGGUGAAUUGCCCUCUGGACCAUGGGGUCUCCCAUUGCUUGGAUAUUUACCCUUCAUGAAGAAACACACAUAUCUACAAUUCGAUGAACUGGCCAAAAAAUAUGGACCAUUAUUUCGUUUAAAAUUGGGAGGAUGCAACGUUAUUGUUGUCAGUGAAUGGUCUCAUGUUAAAGAUGCAUUUGCAAAUGACGCUUUACUCGCACGACCAGAACAAACUCUGUUCCCAGGUAUUAUUGAUCAUUUAUCUAUUCUUGAAAUGUCUGGUGAGGACUGGAAAGAACAUCGUCGUUUAUCAAUGCAGAUCCUUCGCUCAAUUGGUUUAACUAAAAGCACCUUGGAGAUUAAGGUUAAAGAAGAGAUCAACAAAUUUCUCGAGCUUCUCGGGGAGGGUAAACCCGUUGACUUUGGUGAAAUAAUUGGUCGUUCAGUUUCUAACAACAUUACUAUCCUUGUUUUUGGACAUACCUACGACUACGAUGAUCCAGCAAAGACGGAGUUGGAUGAGCACAUUAACACUGUUUUCCGUGAAUAUCAGUUUGCAGGACUUCUUGCUUUUGCUCCUUGGUUGGCAAAAAUUUACAUUGCUUUGGGUAAAGGCAAUUUGGAUCGUAUCGCUGAAGCUGUCUUAUAUGGUGAUAAAUUUGUUCAACUUGAAGUGGAUAAACAUCGAGCAGAGCUUAACUUAGAUUCUGACCCUGUUGAUUAUAUUGAUGGUUUUCUUAAAGAAAUGGCAAAAAGAGAAGAAAAAAGAAUCCCUGAAGGAACAUUCAAUUUGGAAGUGUUGAAGCGAAAUGUAGUCGCCUUUUAUGGAGGUGGAAUUGAAACAGUAGCAAGUACAAUGAUGUGGAUAAUGUAUUACUUGGUGAGCUACCCUGACACGCAAAUCAAUAUCAGACAAGAGAUAGCCCAGGCAAUUGGUUUCAGCAGGCAACCAGAAUAUUCUGAUCGGUCAAGAAUGCCUUACACAAUGGCUUUUAUCAAUGAAGUACAUCGUAUGGGCUCAGUUCUUGCAGUCAAUUUGCUGAGACGUGCCUCAAAAGAUACAUAUGUUGGAAAAUAUCUGAUUCCCAAGGAUACUUAUGUGCUCUUCAACUUCUGGUCUGUCCAUCGUGAUCCUAAACUAUUUAAAGAUCCGGAAACGUUUGAUCCAACUCGAUUUUUAUCUAAAGAUGGAACUCAACUUCUUAAAGUACCUCAUCUGGUACCCUUUAGUGGUGGUAAACGAAUGUGUCCUGGUGAAAGUUUAGCCAGUAUGGAAUUAUUUUUAUAUGUAACUUUUAUUAUACAAAAAUUUAAAAUAAAAGUACAACCAGGAUCCGUAAUUUCAUCUGAAGCUGAAUUUGGUAUUGCAAGACGACCAGCUAAUCUACCACCAUUAAUCUUUGAAGAAGUCGGUGAAUGUUCUUGCGACCAUGAUUGAAUUUUUUGUUAUUCAACAGAUAUUUAUAACCUCUUCUUAUUCUGAAAUUACUCUAUUUUUAAUACUCUCAUUGCAAAUUUUAUUUCAAGGGUUGAUUAACCUUUUAAAUUUUAAUAAACAUUGAUUCCAAAAUUGAG